AUUUUUGAUUGAUAUCCUGUUCAAUAACGUUUGAUUUUUAUUUUUUUUCAAAAUAAAAAAUUCAACAAACACAAAGGAUAUUCGUCAUUUUGAACGUUUGAUUUUUAUUUUUUUUCAAAAUAAAAAAUUCAACAAACACAAAGGAUAUUCGUCAUUUUUUCGCCGCUUCUGUAUACGGAGGGUCGAGAAGUCGGAGUCGGAGCCGUAGCCGCAGCCGGAGUCGGAGUCGGGGCAGAAGGGAAAACAAACUGAAUAAUGGCGGAAGCCCUCUUCGAGCUGGAAGAAACUCUCAUCUCCAGAAAGGAAGCUCUGACGAGUGAAGAAGCUAAACUACUUAAUUCAUGGAAGCAAAAUGCUGUAAGAGAUUUUGGCAUUGGUGCUACCGGUGCUUCCAUUGCCACUUGGUUAGUAACCAGAAGGCUGAAUAACCUAGUUCGUAUGAACCUGACAGCAGGUGUUGGUUUCUAUUAUGGCAUUAGGAGAUUUGCUAAGUGUGUGGAUUCAGAAAUUGAACAUAUUCUCUCUCAGCAUGGGACUCGUUUGCAAACGGGGUUGGCAGAAAUAAUGUUGAAGAAGUAUCAGCAUGAUCCGCACGUAUUGCAACGUGUCUCCAAACAUUUUUUCUGUGAGAAUGUUUAUAACGACGACUCGACAGACCAGCCAAAACCAAGGUGGCGCUUUCGGAACUCCUUUGAGGAAGAUGUUGCUUCUGCUCAUAUGACAUAUGAUGAUGCCUUUUACAAUAAGAAAAUCAAUUCGGUGAAAACUGAUCUGAGGAAGACCAAUCUACAGCGCAGGAAAAUUAAUAUGAGUGCAGCAGCUGAUGUUCUGGAGGCAAUUGAAGACCCAUUUGACUGCAUAUUUGGCUCUUCAGCAAGUGUCCAAGAUAUUCAUCAUCCUGAUGCAUUUAGCUCACUGCCUAGAAGGCAUAACUAUAACCAGAAAAGGUCCCAGCGUAGGCAUAGGAUGCGUCACAAGGAGAACAUGGAUGUUUGAGCUUUCUUCAAUCGACCAAGUAGACCUCACAAAUGCCCCUUGCAUGUACCUAAAAUUAUUGCGAAUCUGCUCUCUCCUUGAUACGCGGAGUAUUGCAUCAUAGCUGAAUGAGUCAUGCACCAAAUCUCUAGCUGGAAUUUGUAUUACCUCCAAGCUGCUAGUAUAUAUUUAUGGCUCCAUUUGCAUUUCAGUUAUACAGGGAUGAUGUACAGAUUUCAACAUAAGCUAGUUAUAGAGGAUUAACACAGGGGAAGUUGAAUGUUCAUCUCCACUUGAAAUAUUUGGAUGAAAUCAAAUUUGAGUUCUGAAUUCCCAGCAUGUAUUAGUUAGAAGAAAUAAAUUUAUGGAAUAAACAUCUGUACUUGUUACCAAUGUUUUGGCAACUCUUUUUCAAUUUCUGGAAAGUUUAUCUUGUCCAAGGGUAUGAUUGUAAGUAAAA